UACCGCAGGCAGGGGGCGUCAACAUGGCGGAGGAGUGAGCGGUGUCUGCUCUGAUCAGCACAACAACGCCAGCCAGCUGCAGCCGCCAUCCCGUUACCCGGCGACCGAGCGAAGAGGAGGAGGGGAGAAGAAUAAGGUGAAAGAAGAAGAGGAGGCCGUCUUAUCUGUCGGUGGAGCCCGGGGCUGGCGGGAUGGUGAUGGAGGGGGUGUGCGGUAAAAGCCCGGGCAGUGUGGAUUAGUCAGUGCCUGUCUCCGCAGGUGUCUGUGUCCGCUCCGAUCGCGGUGACUCAGCCCGUUAUCCGGAGGAUCCGUACUGAAGACAGCAGCGCCUGUCCGUACCGGGAGAAGGAGGAGGAGGACGGGGGAGGAUGGCCAGUGACAAGCCGCUGGUGGGGGUCGGCUGCCCGGACAGAGAUCCCCCGGGAGGAUCGGGAUCCAUGGUUCUCCCCGGAGGGGUGAUCAACCCGUCCGUCCCCAUCCGCAACAUGAGGAUGAAAUUCGCCGUCCUCAUCGGCCUCAUCCAGGUCGGGGAAGUCAGCAACCGGGACAUCGUGGAGACCGUCCUCAACCUGCUGGUCGGUGGCGAGUUUGAUCUGGAGAUGAAUUUUAUUAUUCAAGAUGCAGAGAGUAUUACCUGCAUGUCGGAGCUGUUGGAGCACUGUGAUGUGACGUGCCAGGCUGAGAUCUGGAGCAUGUUUACAGCCAUUCUGCGGAAGAGUGUUCGUAACUUACAGACCAGCACUGAGGUCGGCCUCAUUGAGCAAGUGCUAAUGAAAAUGAGUUCUGUGGAUGACAUGAUUGCAGAUCUUCUGGUGGACAUGUUGGGAGUGAUGGCCAGCUACAGUAUCACCGUCAAGGAGCUGAAGCUUCUGUUCAGUAUGCUGCGGGGAGAAAAUGGAAUAUGGCCAAGGCAUGCGGUUAAAUUGUUAUCAGUCCUCAAUCAGAUGCCACAGAGACAUGGACCCGACACCUUCUUCAAUUUCCCAGGACGGAGUGCUGCAGCUAUUGCGCUGCCUCCCAUUGCCAAGUGGCCUUAUCAAAAUGGUUUCACUCUGAACACGUGGUUUCGUAUGGAUCCAUUAAAUAAUAUAAAUGUUGACAAGGAUAAACCUUACCUCUAUUGCUAUCGCACAAGUAAAGGUGUUGGUUAUUCUGCACAUUUUGUGGGUAACUGUUUGAUAGUCACUUCCCUGAAAUCAAAAGGAAAAGGGUUCCAGCACUGUGUGAAGUAUGAUUUCCAGCCACGCAAGUGGUACAUGAUCAGCAUUGUACACAUCUACAAUCGCUGGAGGAACAGUGAAAUUCGCUGCUAUGUAAAUGGCCAGUUAGUAUCUUAUGGAGACAUGGCGUGGCACGUCAACACAAAUGAUAGUUACGACAAAUGCUUCCUGGGGUCUUCAGAGACAGCUGACGCAAACAGAGUGUUUUGUGGUCAACUUGGAGCAGUGUAUGUGUUUAUAGAGGCUCUUAAUCCUGCUCAGAUCUUCGCAAUACAUCAGCUUGGACCAGGCUAUAAGAGUACCUUCAAGUUUAAGUCUGAGAGUGAUAUUCAUCUGGCUGAACACCACAAGCAGGUCCUGUAUGAUGGGAAACUUGCAAGCAGUAUAGCGUUCACAUACAACGCAAAAGCCACCGAUGCCCAGCUCUGCCUUGAAUCGUCACCAAAGGAAAAUGCUUCUAUAUUUGUGCAUUCACCCCAUGCGCUAAUGUUACAGGAUGUAAAAGCUAUAGUAACACACUCCAUACACAGUGCAAUUCAUUCAAUUGGGGGCAUCCAGGUUCUCUUUCCACUAUUUGCACAGCUGGACAAUCGGCAGCUGACUGACAGCCAGGUGGAAACCACAGUUUGUGCCACCUUGCUGGCCUUCUUGGUGGAGCUGUUGAAGAGUUCUGUGGCUAUGCAGGAACAGAUGCUGGGAGGAAAAGGGUUUCUAGUCAUUGGCUACCUCUUGGAAAAGUCCUCCAGGGUACACAUAACAAGAGCGGUGCUGGAGCAGUUUCUAUCAUUUGCGAAAUACCUGGAUGGUCUAUCUCACGGGGCACCUUUACUGAAGCAGCUUUGUGAUCAUAUCCUCUUCAACCCUGCCAUUUGGAUACACACACCAGCAAAGGUGCAGCUCUCACUGUACACCUAUCUGUCAGCUGAGUUUAUUGGCACUGCCACAAUCUACACCACCAUCCGAAGGGUGGGAACAGUAUUACAGCUAAUGCACACACUGAAGUACUACUACUGGGUUGUAAAUCCUGCUGACAGUAGUGGCAUAAACCCUAAAGGGCUUGAUGGCGCCCGACCUUCUCAGAAAGAAAUCAUUUCCCUGAGAGCAUUUAUGUUGCUGUUUCUGAAGCAGCUCAUUUUAAAGGACCGAGGGGUCAAAGAAGAUGAACUACAGAGCAUUUUAAAUUACCUGCUAACGAUGCAUGAGGAUGAAAAUAUUCACGAUGUUCUGCAGCUUUUGGUGGCUCUCAUGUCUGAACAUCCUGCAUCGAUGAUACCAGCAUUUGAUCAGAGGAACGGAAUACGGGUCAUUUAUAAGCUACUAGCAUCUAAAAGUGAAAGCAUCCGUGUGCAGGCACUAAAGGUCCUGGGGUAUUUUCUCAAGCACCUAGGCCACAAACGGAAAGUUGAAAUCAUGCACACUCACAGUCUCUUCACAUUGCUCGGGGAAAGGUUGAUGCUCCAUACCAACACAGUCACUGUUACAACAUACAACACACUUUAUGAGAUCUUGACGGAGCAGGUUUGCACUCAAGUUGUUCACAAGCCUCAUCCAGAGCCAGAUUCAACUGUGAAGAUACAGAAUCCAAUGAUUCUUAAGGUGGUGGCCACACUACUGAAAAACUCCUCUCCAAGUUCUGACCUUAUGGAGGUGAGACGCCUUUUUCUGUCCGACAUGAUUAAACUCUUCAGCAACAGCCGGGAGAAUCGAAGGUGCCUCCUACAGUGCUCUGUGUGGCAGGACUGGAUGUUCUCUCUCGGGUACAUCAAUCCAAAGAGCUCUGAAGAGCAGAAGAUAACAGAGAUGGUCUACAACAUUUUCCGAAUACUUCUUUAUCACGCAAUCAAAUAUGAAUGGGGAGGCUGGAGAGUCUGGGUGGACACACUUUCUAUAGCUCAUUCUAAGGUCACAUAUGAAGCUCACAAGGAAUACUUGGCAAAGAUGUAUGAAGAAUAUCAAAGGCAAGAAGAGGAGAAUAUCAAGAAGGGUAAAAAAGGAAACGUUAGCACCAUAUCUGGUCUCUCUCAAGCUGCAGCUGCUAAAGGCGGACUAGAAAUUAGAGAAAUUGAGGACCUCUCCCAGAGUCAGAGCCCUGAAAGUGAAACAGACUAUCCUGUCAAUGCUGACACCAGAGAUCUGCUCAUCGCCACAAAAAUUUCUGAUGAUACUAUCACUAACACUGAUAGACCAGCUGGUGGGGUUCGGGUUGAGGUUCAUGACCUUCUGGUGGACAUCAAAGCAGAAAAGGUUGAAGCCACAGAGGUAAAACUAGAUGACUUAGAUUUAUCUCCAGAGACUUUGGUCACUGGAGAAAAUGGUGCUUUGGUUGAAGUAGAAUCUUUAUUGGACAAUGUCUACUGUGCGGCUGUUGAAAAACUUCAAAACAAUGUUCAUGACAGUGUUGGCAUUAUAAAAGAAACUGAAGAGAAAGAUGGUCCUCUGAUCACACUAGCAGAUGAGAAAGACCAAACCACUUCUAACAAUACCUCAUUCCUUUUUGAUAAAAUGACAAAUUCAGAAGACAAACUGUUGCCUGAGCUGACUGGUGGUAACCAUCUAACCAUUGGCAAUGUCCAGGAUGCUCAUGUUCACCUUGGUGUUAAUGAUGACCUUGGUCUGCUGGCACAAAUGACGGGUAGCGUUGACCUUACUUGUGCAUCAGCUGUGAUCGGGGAAAAAGAUUUUAAAAUCCACACGACAGCUGAUAGUUUAGGAAGCCUUUCUGAUCGAGAGUUGGCUUCAUCGUCAAAGGCGCUGGAAUAUGCUCAAAUGACUACUACCACUCUGGAAACUGAAUCAUCUACUAGCAAAUCCUUAGUAAAUAUUGAUGCUAGCAGUACAGUCUCUGACACUGAGAGGUCCGAUGAUGGUCGGGAUCUUGGAAAAGAGAUCAAGAAAAUACAGACCACUACAACUACUACACAGGCAGUACAGGGCCGCUCUAUGAGCCAACAGGAACGGGACCUACGUGUUGACUUGGGAUUCCGUGGGAUGCCAAUGACUGAAGAACAAAGGCGGCAGUUCAGCCCUGGUCCACGAACCACCAUGUUCCGUAUUCCAGAGUUCAAGUGGUCCCCAAUGCACCAGCGACUUCUCACAGACUUAUUGUUUGCUUUAGAAACAGAUGUGCACGUGUGGAGGAGCCAUUCCACAAAAUCAGUCAUGGACUUUGUCAAUAGCAAUGAAAACAUCAUCUUUGUCCAUAACACUAUCCACCUGAUAUCCCAAAUGGUCGAUAACAUCAUCAUUGCUUGUGGAGGAAUAUUGCCUUUGUUGUCAGCUGCCACCUCGCCAACUGGUUCUAAGGUUAGUAUAUCUGAUACGGAAUUGGAGAAUAUUGAAGUGACACAGGGUAUGUCAUCUGAGACAGCGGUGACGUUCCUCAGCCGUCUCAUGGCCAUGGUGGAUGUCCUGGUUUUUGCCAGUUCCCUGAAUUUCAGUGAGAUUGAAGCAGAGAAGAACAUGUCAUCUGGUGGCUUAAUGCGACAGUGCCUGAGGCUUGUUUGCUGUGUAGCUGUACGAAAUUGCCUGGAGUGCCGGCAAAGGCAGCGGGAGCGAGUAACCAAGCCUGCAAGCGGUGGAAAAAUCCCAGAUAAUAUGCAGAAUGUGCCAGCUUCAAGUACAGCCAAGACCCCUGUGGACAAUGUUUCUGGUAAUCUUUCACCAAUCAAGGAUCCUGAUCGGCUACUCCAAGAUGUUGAUAUUAAUCGCCUCAGAGCGGUAGUGUUCCGUGACGUGGACGACAGCAAACAAGCCCAGUUCCUUGCUCUGGCCGUAGUUUACUUUAUAUCUGUAUUAAUGGUGUCUAAAUACCGUGAUAUACUGGAACCUCAGCGAGAGACAGCACGCUCUGCCAACCAGUCUGCUCGUAACAUCAGGCAAGAAAUUAACUCGCCAACGAGUACAGAUACACCUGCUCUGUUUCCAGAUAUCAAGGAUAAAGAUACGCUGACCCCCACUGAAGAACUCCAUUUAGAAGGCUCUAUUCCUCACACAGACUCUGGCAUUGGAGACGAACAUAUAAGCAGCAUCUUAAAUGGAACGGAUCUUGACCAUAGUAUGAGCCCAGACGUCAUGGGUGAAUUAUUGUCUACAUUGUCGUCUGAUGUAAAGAAGUCACAGGAAAGCCUGACCGACAGCCCAAGUGAAAUGCUAAAACCAGCUCCCUCCAUAUCUAGCAUUAGCCAAAGCAAAGGCAUCAAUGUCAAAGAGAUCCUAAAGAGUCUGGUCGCUGCUCCCUUUGAGAUGGCAGAGGCUGGACCAGACCCGGUUCCCUAUCCAGAUCCUGCUUUAAAGAGAGAAGCCCAAGUCAUUCUUCCCAUGCAGUUUCAUUCCUUUGACAGAAGUGUCGUGGUACCUGUGAAGAAACCUCCGCCUGGCAGUUUAGCUGUGAACACCGUUGGCACUGGUAACUUAACCCCCAGCACAACGCCAAAUAUAUUCGCUGCUACUGGAGCAACUCCCAAAAGUAUGAUCAAUACUACAGGUGCUGUGGACUCUGCCUCUUCCUCUUCCUCCUCAUCCUCUAGUUUUGUAAAUGGUGCUACAAGCAAAAAUCUCCCAGCUGUGCAGACAGUGGCUCCCAUGCCAGAGGACUCUGCAGAAAAUAUGAGUAUCACUGCCAAAUUAGAACGAGCACUAGAAAAGGUUGCUCCCCUCCUGCGAGAAAUCUUUGUUGAUUUUGCUCCCUUCCUGUCCCGGACACUCCUCGGUAGCCAUGGACAAGAGCUGCUGAUUGAAGGACUUGUAUGUAUGAAGUCCAGUACCUCAGUGGUAGAGCUAGUCAUGCUGCUUUGCUCUCAGGAAUGGCAAAACUCGAUUCAGAAGAACGCAGGAUUGGCAUUUAUUGAACUCAUCAAUGAAGGAAGACUGUUGUGCCAUGCCAUGAAGGAUCACAUAGUGCGGGUUGCUAAUGAAGCAGAGUUCAUCUUGAACAGACAGCGAGCAGAGGAUGUACACAAACAUGCUGAGUUUGAGUCACAGUGUGCUCAGUAUGCUGCAGACAGAAGAGAGGAAGAAAAGAUGUGUGAUCAUCUCAUCAGUGCAGCCAAACAUAGGGACCAUGUGACAGCCAAUCAACUAAAACAAAAAAUCCUCAACAUCCUGACCAAUAAGCAUGGAGCAUGGGGAGCAAUAUCUCAGAGUCAACUCCAUGAUUUCUGGCGACUGGACUAUUGGGAGGAUGACCUAAGGCGGAGAAGACGUUUUGUGCGCAACGCAUUCGGCUCAACUCAUUCAGACGCCCGCUUAAAAUCCGCCAUUGAAUACGGCACAGAUGAAGAUGUCAUGAAAUCAAAGAAGACUUUCCGAAGCCAGGCUGCUGUUAAUCAAAAUGCCGAAACUGAGCUAAUGUUGGAAGGGGAUGAUGAUGCUGUUAGUCUGCUUCAAGAGAAGGAAAUUGACAACCUUGCAGGUCCAGUGGUGCUGAGCACCCCAGCACAGCUCAUUGCACCCAUCGUGGUGGCCAAGGGCACCCUCUCCAUCACCACCACUGAAAUCUACUUCGAAGUAGAUGAAGAAGACCCCAGCUUCAAGAAGAUCGACCCCAAAGUUCUUGCUUACACUGAGGGCCUCCAUGGGAAAUGGAUGUUCAGCGAGAUUCGAGCUGUCUUUUCCAGGCGCUAUCUCUUACAGAACACCGCACUGGAAGUGUUUAUGGCCAACCGCACCUCAGUCAUGUUUAAUUUUCCUGACCAAGCCACCGUGAAGAAAGUGGUAUACAGUUUACCUCGUGUAGGUGUUGGCACCAGCUAUGGCUUACCACAAGCCAGGCGAAUAUCUCUGGCCACUCCUCGGCAGCUUUUUAAAUCCUCCAACAUGACUCAGCGUUGGCAACGACGAGAGAUUUCGAACUUUGAAUACUUGAUGUUCCUUAAUACCAUAGCAGGGCGAACAUACAAUGACUUGAAUCAGUAUCCUGUAUUCCCAUGGGUGUUAACAAAUUAUGAAUCCGAAGAGCUGGAUUUAACCUUACCAGGAAACUUCAGGGAUCUUUCAAAGCCUAUUGGUGCUUUGAAUCCAAAGAGAGCAGUGUUUUAUGCAGAGCGCUAUGAGACGUGGGAGGAUGACCAGACCCCACCCUACCAUUACAAUACACAUUACUCCACCUCCACCUUCACACUAUGUUGGCUUGUUCGAAUCGAACCUUUCACUACAUUUUUUCUUAAUGCCAACGAAGCCAAGUUUGACCACCCGGAUCGAACAUUCUCUGCUGUGGCAAGAUCGUGGAGAAACUGCCAAAGAGACACAUCUGAUGUAAAGGAGCUAAUUCCAGAGUUCUACUACCUACCGGAGAUGUUUGUCAACAGCAAUGCUUAUAACUUUGGUGUAAGGGAUGACAGUAAUGUUGUUAAUGAUGUAGAUCUGCCAGCCUGGGCAAAAAAUCCUGAAGAUUUUGUUCGCAUCAACCGAAUGGCUCUGGAGAGCGAAUUUGUAUCUUGUCAGCUACAUCAGUGGAUAGAUCUGAUAUUUGGCUACAAGCAGCGAGGUCCAGAAGCAGUGCGUGCACUAAAUGUUUUUCAUUAUUUGACGUACGAACGUUCCGUGAACUUGGAGAGCGUCACAGAUGCUGUAUUACGAGAGAUUCCUGAAGCAUAUUUUAAAAGAAACCCCUAUACUUUCCUUCUCACUGGGGAGUUUGUGAAGGCCAUGGAGGCACAGAUACAGAAUUUUGGACAGACGCCAUCUCAGUUGCUUAUUGAGCCACAUCCGCCUCGAAGCUCAGCCAUGCACCUGUGUUUCCUUCCACAGAGCCCCCUCAUGUUUAAGGAUCAGAUGCAGCAGGAUGUCAUUAUGGUGCUGAAAUUUCCAUCCAACUCUCCAGUCACCCACGUUGCAGCAAAUACCCUUCCCCAUCUCACCAUCCCUGCAGUGGUGACUGUCACAUGCAGCCGAAUGUUUGCAGUGAAUAGGUGGCACAACACUGUUGGCUUGAGAGGAGCACCUGGUUACUCACUGGACCAAGCUCACCAUCUCCCUAUUGAGAUGGACUCUUUGAUUGCCAAUAACUCUGGAGUGAACAAGCGUCAGAUUACUGAUCUUGUGGAUCAAAGCAUUCAGAUCAAUGCACACUGCUUUGUGGUCACAGCUGAUAAUCGCUAUAUCCUUAUCUGUGGAUUCUGGGACAAAAGCUUCAGGGUAUAUUCAACAGAAACAGGGAAGCUCACCCAGAUUGUGUUUGGGCACUGGGAUGUAGUCACUUGUUUGGCGAGGUCUGAGUCCUACAUUGGUGGUGAUUGCUAUAUUGUGUCGGGAUCCCGUGAUGCCACGCUACUUUUAUGGUAUUGGAGUGGAAGACAUCAUAUCAUUGGAGACAACCCAAAUAACAGUGAUUACCCAGCUCCCAGGGCUGUCCUGACUGGCCAUGACCAUGAAGUUGUCUGUGUAUCAGUAUGCGCUGAACUGGGUCUCGUCAUCAGUGGAGCUAAAGAGGGUCCAUGCUUGGUCCACACCAUCACUGGAGAUCUACUCAGAGCACUGGAGGGCCCGGAGAAUUGCUUAUACCCUCGUUUGAUUUCUGUUUCCAGUGAAGGCCAUUGUAUUAUAUAUUAUGAAAGAGGGCGGUUUUGCAACUUCAGCAUUAAUGGCAAGCUUCUGGGCCAGAUGGAGAUCACCGAUUCAACCAGGGCAAUCCUUCUGAGCAGUGAUGGCCAGAACCUUGUGACUGGUGGAGAUAAUGGUGUUGUAGAAGUCUGGCAAGCUUGUGAUUUCAAACAGCUCUAUAUUUACCCCGGAUGUGAUGCUGGAAUCCGAGCAAUGGAUCUGUCACAUGAUCAAAGGACAUUGAUCACUGGCAUGGCUUCUGGUAGCAUUGUAGCUUUUAACAUAGAUUUUAAUCGGUGGCAUUACGAACAUCAGAACAGAUACUGAGGUUGACUGAAGUGCUGAAUGCCAAGUUUUCAUGCUGAGAGCACAAGCGCUGCAGUUCCUCGGCGUUGCCACCUCCGGUGGAAAAGCAAGUCUGCGUAGAGCUCCUCCGUUGUACAUUCCAUUACACCCAGCAAUAGCUGUACAUUGUAGUCAGCAAAGCCACUUUUCAUUGUGUUUCUUUUUCACAACUGAACACCAGCUGCUAAAGGCACGCUUGUACCAUGCAAACUGACGAUGAAAUGGAGUCUCAGAAUUAUUAAAAUUUUCAUUCUUUCUAAGAAAAAAAAACAAAAACUGGUGGGACACACUGCGUAAACAAGACAUUCUGGAGAAGACUAUGUGUCCAAGCUAUGAUGGUGUUUAGUCCACAUGUCUUACAUCCCAUUUCCAGCCUCUUUUCAAGCUGUGAAAAAAAUAAAAAAAUAAAAAAAAAUAUGUUUGAUACUUUGUACAUCAGAUGCACAUCUUUAACUUUAAAAAGGGAUACUUUUGUAAAAGUAAAACCUUGUAUAAAGAACAAACAAAAAAAAAGUUUCUUAGUUUUAUCGUGAAGCUAAACUGUGCUUGUACUUUAAACCUGGUGGAACAGGUAUAUUCUGGAAAGGUAAAAAAAAAA